AUGAAGGCCCCCAAGGUCUGGCACACACAGGCCCCGGACCCAGUGCCCGAGGAGGAGACGGACCCUUCCUCUGGCGAGGACAAGCCAGAGUGCUUAAUCUGUUUCAACACCUACGACAAUGUCUUCAAGACACCCAAGCUGCUGGACUGCACCCACACCUUCUGCCUGGAGUGUGUCACCCGGGUUAUGGUGGUGUCUGUGGAACAGGAGGUGGGCCAGAUCCCUUGCCCCCUCUGCAGGCACCCCACCUCCAUCCCUGCCAGUGGCCCCCCCGCCCUCCUCACAAGUCUGGAGGUGCUGGGCCGGCUGCCCACCCACCUGCAGCAGGAGGAGAGGGUGUGGCUGGAUGGGAAGAAGCUGUGUUACUCCAGCCCCGGCAGCCCUGACCUUCUCCAUCCAGUCGGCACCUCCACCUGUAUUUGUAUCAACAUCGGGAUAAUCCAGGAGGAGGCUGCGUCCAGACAGACUGAGGCUGACAGAAGGAGAUUCGUCUGGGCCAGACAAUGCCUCUGCAGCCUCUUCUCAGACUGGAAGCGGCUGGUGCUGAUCGCGGUGCUGCUGGUCAUGCUAGUGUGUGUCAUCAUGUGGCCGAUGCAUUGUAUCUUCAGCACGGGAUCGGUUCACUGUUUCAAAAGCAUGGCUCCUGCCACCGUGGGGCAGGCCUCUACACCCUUCACAGUCACCCAGCUGCCACAGUGA